AUGGCGUCUGGUCGUCUUUGCAAGUUACACAGCUUAUAUACUCGACUGUACAACGGAAAUACUCUGCUACGAGCUCCAAGUAUGUAUUAUUUUAAGGUCUUAUGAAACAUGGGUUUGGGAGAAGUAUGUGUUGAUACAUGUAAAUAUGUGGCUGUUGCAGGUAAAAGCUGACAGCGGCUAACCUUGAGAAGAGAGCAUCAUGUUAACACUGCUCUGCCUCUACUUAAAUUAUUAUUUUAUAUAUAAAGACAGGGGCGGCUCUGAUACUAAACAUAUACAUCUUAAUGUGUCUGACCUGUUUGCUCCUGUGUCUCUGCAGCAUGUUCGGUCCCCCUGCGACACAAGUCCAAUAUCAGUGGUCCUUCACUAGACAGCUCGGGCUGGUAUGUAGAGGUUUUUUUUUUUUUUUUAAGGGCUAUUUCGUGAAUUUAUGGUGUUAAUUUUCAGUUUGGGGACGAUUGGUUGCUGGUUGUACUUUUCAAGCUGCAGCCAUGUCUUGUUCAUCUGGUUUUAAAGUGUACAUGAAUCACAAGUCGCCCUAUUUUCUUUAUCUUAGCAAUGUGGAAAUUGGUGUAACUUCAGAUGGAAGGACAAUAGUAUGCCACCAUCCAGCUCCUGACAUUCCCUAUGAGCUUACCCAGGUACGAGAAAAUGUUUACAUACAAAAAAAUCAGUGUCUUUUGUUUGAUAUUACAAUCUAAACUUGUGAUUUUAAAGUGUUGGAUAUUUUCCUGAAUAGAGCAACAUCAGAGGCUUCUGGUUUUACAUUUUUACCAAUUUUUUUCAGCUGCGUUUAUACCCGCCUCCGUUCCAUCAGUCAAUCAUUACAACUUUUCAAAGCCUUUUAAAACUGAAUUUGGGAAGGAGUUCCGACACAGGAUAAAUCAAACAGAGCUGCAAAACAUAAAUAUAACUUUGAACAGAGUUCCAUACUGUGACCAGAGAUGUGUAUUAGUGUGAAACAUAGACUGUAUAUAGAAUGGACAGCGUCCGCCUCCUCCAGCAAAGCUUAUGGAGCUGUGGACAAACUUUAGAAAUUUAUUACACAGGAUAUACAUUUUUCUCCCCCCUGCUUGUGAUGUUGACAUGUAGUUACAGUAAGACUGGUUUGUGCUCAAGUCCUCUUUUUUCUGUGCAGCUCCGUUUUAAAAAAAUGUAAAAUGUGCACAAUGGUACUGCGCAAGUGGUGGAAUGCAUACAACAUGACUGCGCAAUGUUGGUUUCAGGAAAUGGAGAAAAAACGCGGAAUUACAGAGAGCUUUUUGGCUUCAAAUCCAUAUAUUGCCUGAAGGCGGAACCAAGUUGAAACUGUUACAGGUGUGCUGUAUAUUCUUUUGCAUAUUCAACAUUUGUUUAUGAUGUUUCAUUUUUGCAGCCUAUUGAGCGUCCAGAUCCCCUGACAAACCCGGCUGAGACCCACGACCAGGUCCUAAAGGCUCACCUCUGCAAGGAGGUGCUGAAGGACAAGGAAGGGCCCACUAUAGAGGAACUGAGCAAGAUGUUUUACACCACCAAACACCGCUGGUAUCCAGUAGGACAGUAAGUACUCCUAACUUAUUAAAAGGCACCAAACACUACUAUUGGCUCUAAGGCUUUGUUUCUGCACAGGGAUUCAUGAGCAUGUUUUUCUUCAUGUGUUCAUACAUAAAAGUCAAACUGUGCUUUCACAUUAAAACUAACACUGCCAGGUCCUUUAAUUCAGCAAAACGUACCAUAGAAUUCUUCCAUCUGCUUUUAAUGACAAACAGUUUUUUUGUGACAGUUUCAGCUUAGCCUGUUUGAUUAAUCUGCCCAAUCGAUCGCUGAAUUAAGUACAUCAGAUCUGCCAAAACCCUUCCUCAGAUAUUGGUGAAAAUUGAAUUCUUAUCUUUCCGUUUUCCCAGGUACCACAUGAGACGCAGAAAGAAGGAUCCCCCAAAGGACAGAUAA